UAAACCUCAAAAAUGGCUACACAAGCCCAAGCGAUCCGCAUCCCAAACCAUUCGAAAUUCAAAUUAUUCCCCUCUUCCGCUCCAUCUCCUUCCCGUCUUUCUCUCUCCACACAGACAGCGCACGCAUCCACCACCCCCCAACACGGGAGCGGAGAGCUCGCCGCCGGCGAUCGCCGCAGGAUUCUGAGGGCUUCUUCCGGCGGCCACGGGAGAUGGUUCUGCUCGAACGCACGCCGUUGGUGGUGCCCGAGGCAGCAGCAGCAGCCGCCGCCGCCUCCAGCCCGCUCCGGAGGCCGUCGCCUAGGGUUCUGAGGGAGGUGCCCCCGCCCCCCCUCGAUCCCAUCCUCCCCUACCUCAGGUCUAUCAACAAGGCUAUGGAUGAGCUCAGGACAGGCCCAAAAUUUGAAGCAGCAGCGCUUGAUCGGCUCAAGAUUUGUGUAAUGGAAUGCAUUGAUAAGUAUGGUGACGAUUACCAGUACUCCACAGACCCCCGACUCCUCAAGAUCUGGAUCCUCUAUGCGGAUGCAAUAGGUGAUUUUGAUAAGGCAUAUAAGCAGUUGGAGGAGAAAAGAAUGUUUUUAGAGCAUGCACUGCUCUAUGAUGCAUAUGCACUGUUUCUCUUCAGUAAGGGGAAAGUGCUGGAGGCUGGUAAGGUGUAUGAAGUUGGUAUUUCCAGAAAAGCCGAGCCACUUGAUCAUUUGAAGAAGAUGCAUACGAUAUUUUUAAAACACUUGGAGAAGAUUGUAGAAGAAGCAGAUGCCGAUGCCCAGCCGAAACCAUCGAAAAUACAAAAGAAAGAACCUAUUUUGCUGGAUCCAUGGUCUGAGUCUACUAUGAAUAAUUUAUUGGAGAACAUUAAUGUUGAUCUGAAGAAGUUCGCUGGCUAUCAUAAGAGCAAUAAGGUCUAUCAUGGAAAGGUGCCAUUAACUUCGCCUCAGAAUGUUUUAAGAAACAAAGUCAUUGAAUUAGGUGGUAGAAAGUACCAGAUCAAAGGUUCUCCUGGUACUGGUGCUUUUGCAAAAGUUUACAAAGCCAGUGUCGAUGGUAAUACAGAAGACCUGGUUGCUUUAAAGAUUCAGAAACCACCAUUUCCUUGGGAAUUUUACAUGUAUCGCCAGCUUGAUACGCGCGUAUCUGAUAUUGAGAGACCAAGCUUUGGCUACACUCAUGAAGUGCAUGUAUACGCUGAUGUCAGUGUGCUUGUUUGUGAUUACCUGCCAUACGGAACUCUUCUGGAUGUUAUAAAUUCUCAUCUAGUACUUGAACGCCAUAUGGAUGAAGUUCUAUGCAUAUAUUACACUAUAGAGAUGCUGCGCAUGUUGGAAACACUGCACAGCGUUGGCAUAAUUCAUGGUGAUUUCAAGCCUGACAAUAUGCUUGUUUGCUACCCAAGUGGAGAAAUCACAGACGAAACCUUCAAAGGCGAGACAAGAUCCGAGCGGAAUCAGGGGCUCUGCCUUGUUGACUGGGGCCGUGGCAUCGACCUGAACCUCUUCCCAUCCGGUGCGGAGUUCUACGGCGACUGCCGAACCUCCGGGUUCAGCUGCGUCGAGAUGCAGGAACAGAGAGCCUGGACGUUUCAGGCUGACACUUACGGCCUCUGCGUCAUCGCGCACAUGAUGCUACAUGGGACGCAGAUGAGCAUCCAGAAGACGCCCAGGCCCGAUGGAAGCUACAUGUACCAGCCCACAUCGCCGUUCAAAAGGUACUGGAACGUGGAGCUGUGGAAAAACCUCUUCUCCACGCUGCUCAACGCGACCUCCAACGGCAGCGACGCGGCCGUGCUCCGGAGCCUCCGGAUGUCCUUCCAGGAGUACCUGUGCAGCAACCGGCAGCUCGUCGGCAAGCUGAACCAGCAACUGGCCAAGCAGAAGACCUCCCUGUGCCUAUCCUGACCGAGACAUAUACGCAUCUCGCGUUUCAUCCUCAUCAUUUUUCCCGAUUCCCUCGUGUUGCCUGUGUGUAAAGUGGUGGAGUAUAAGAUACCUUCCGUAACUUCGUAGCACUUCCUCUGUGCGUGCGUGUGCAGCAGUAAUUAACGUGCCACAUCUCCACUUUGAAAGCUGAAACAUCUACUAUUGGGCCAGAUGGAAAUUUCGUACAGUAUCUUCUUCUCCAA